CAAGUCCUAACUACCCUUAUCUUAUCUAUGAAACUUCACUACAUUCCAUCUUCAUGGAGGAAAACCAAAAAGACUCUGUUUUGCCAACACCAUUCCAUUGGGUACCAAAACUACUAUCCUUCCAAGCAGACUUAAUCUACAACACCAUGAGCUCUGUCUUUUCCCCUCUCUACUCUCUUUCCACAGUGACAUCUGAGUCCUACCACCAUGAUGAGGAAACCAAAGAAAUGGUUGAAUCAGCAGUAGAAAGUGCUCCUUCCCAAAUAGCUUAUGGUAGCACAGUAUUGCUGAAGAAACUUUUGCUUUGUUUUCUGAGUGCUGCAUAUGUGUGCAUGAUUCUGUUUUUGGUUCUGAUUUUGGCUUCUGUGGUUGGUGUGGGGUUGGUUCGGUUUUGGGUGGAGGAACCUGUGAUUGUUCAUGAAAGUUUGCAUUUUGAUUACACCGAUGCUCACCCUACAGCUGUUUUUUCAUUUAAUGGUGGAAUUAGUGCUUCUGGGGGGUACAUUAAGAAAAAACAUAUACGUGUUCCAGUUGGUCACACAUUUUCUGUUUCUUUGUCCCUUUUGAUGCCUGAAUCUGACUUCAAUAGGGAACUUGGUGUUUUUCAGUUGACAGCAGAACUCGUAUCAGUAAAUGGAAAUGUGAUAGCAAAAUCAAGCCAGCCAUGCAUGUUAAGGUUUAGAAGCUCGCCGAUUCGACUAGCAAGGACAGUUAUGAUGGGUCUGCCUUUGGUCCUAGGAAUCUCAGCUGAAACUCAGAAACUCAAUGUAAAAUUAUUAAGGCACAAGGAAGAGAAUCAAAGAACCAAUGCUAUAAGAGUAACCUUGCAUCCAAGAUCAGGAAGUUCAUCUCUUCCACAACUAUAUGAAGCUGAAAUUGUACUAAACUCUCACCUACCUUGGGCUAAAGAAUUAAUUAGGAAUUGGAAAUGGACUUUCUAUGUUUGGGUUUCCUUGUAUGUUUACAUUCUGUUACUUAUGCUUCUACUAUGUUGCUAUAGGCCACUCAUCUUUUUAGUCACACCAGAAUCUUUCUUUGAUCAAAGGGUGAGUGAAGUGACAAGUGAAGAACCUAAAGAAUUACAAGUUAGAGAAUUGUUAGGAGAUGAUGAGAGUGAGGUUUCUGAGUUGUUGAGGAAAUGGAGACUUAGCAAAAGCAAGAGAAAGAGUAUCCUGACACAUGGUGGUCGUGUUAUGCCACAAACAAUUGGCUCAUCAGCUUCUAGUAUUAGCAUGACUACUACUAGAGAAGAUGUAACUAGUGUUGCUGUAGAAGAUGAUGAUGAUGAUGUUGAUGUUGAGGACUCUGAAUCAGUGUGCAUAGGUUAAAUUUAGUUACUCUUAAAAGGGUUGAUGAAUUGCUCUUGGUGUAAACUUUUUGUUAUAUAUAUUGCCAAUGCCAAUGGUCACUUAGGAGUUUGUAUGAACUUGUGUAAGCUGUAAUUGCAUGUUAUUAUGUUAAGAACAUUUCACACUAUUAAUAUUCCACCUUGAUCAAAUUCUUCAUUUAAUGUUA